AUGGUUCAGGUACGCCUUACAUGUUGGUCCGGAAGUAGCAACCCUACUGCACGUAUAUUUUGGUGGAAAAACAACUCUCUACUCAAGCAGCAGUAUCAGACACAAACCACAGACUCGGCACACGGUGGAUCAUCAACUCGUAGUCAAAUCAAUGUUCCCCUGACAUCAAAAGAUGAUAGUAGUAGGUUUACUUGUGAAGCUAAAAACGACGCUUUUCAACGUUCCGUUCAAGAGCAUGCUACCCUUCGAGUGCUGCAUGCUCCUGUUUUUUUGACGGCAGAAAAAGUUGUAGAGAUGGUGGAGGGACAAUCUGGAGAGGUGAACAUGACUGCUAAAGGUUACCCAGAUAUUCACAGCUAUAGAUGGAGUAAAGAUGGUAUAUCAAUAACAAAGAAAACAGACAGCUUCAGACAAGCUCCGAGUAUUAGUGCUGAUGCAGCAGUUUUAUACCUUAAUCACGUCUCUAGGCAUAACUCUGGUGCUUAUACUUGCGUGGCUCAAAAUUUGGAAGGAUCUGCAAGCGCUACAGUUACCCUAAAUGUCCUAUAUCCCGCAACGGUAAUGAACAUUACAGGUACGACUGAUGUUACUGAAGGAGAGUCUGCUCAUCUGGAAUGCACAGCUGAUGGUAAUCCUAUGGGAGAAAGCACCAUUUCCUGGAGAAGACGAGACCGAUUGGACAAACCUUUUGUCUCUUUAAACUCGGAGAUUGGCCAUUCUUUGCUUAUAAUCGGAAAUAUAACAAGACGUGAUGCUGGCAUAUUGGAAUGCGUGGCUGACAACGGUGUUGGAAAACCAUCUAUCGCUGCAACUCAAAUAGUAGUUUUGUAUCGUCCUACGAUUUCCAAGAAAUCUGUACAACGCCUUACUGCUGCAGACGAAGAAGAUGAGGUUCAACUUAAGUGUUCUGCUGAAAGUUAUCCUAGAGCCUCCUUCACGUGGUCUUUUAAUGGAACUACAAUAACACCAAAAACUCUGGACUCGCAAAAAUACAGUAUGCUGACUGAGCAAAAGAGCAACACGGAAUGGUGCAACAAUUUGGUAGUUAAAGCAAUUCGUUCAUCGGAUUAUGGUAUUUAUACGUGCAUUGCUGGAAACCAACUGGGCCACGAUUACGUCACCUUCACCAUUGUUCAAAAGAUGUCAUCUGCUAAUAACUCCAAGGUUGAACUCGAAAGUGGUCUUGUUUCCCUCGAGAACAGACGGAAAUUUGCUACUGUGAAGUUCACAAAUAAAAUCAGAAGCCACAAUAAAGACCACAUUGCUAACAGAGCUUUCGACGUUUGGACAAGCACAUCAAGGCUUCAGAGAUCAUCAACGCUGCAGUUAGACAGGGAUAUCAGAGAGGCCAUUCGUCUUGCCCAUUCUUCCUUGGACAUAACUCAAGAACCACUCUUUCCAUUUAGACCUCCUAAGAGUACUAAAAUCAAUACUUACUUACUUGAACCAUGUUCUAAAAAAGAACCUACUGAAAUAUUAUUACAGAAAGGCGAAGACACUGUUCGUUCACUAGCCAAAGAAAACAGUGUAUUAAUCUACACAGAUGGUUCCUCUGACAUUGACUGUAAUAGAUGUGGCGCAGGCAUCUCCAUCAUUUAUCCCUCAGGAAACAACAUCAAACUCAAAAUACCCACUGGCCAGAUCGCCUCAAACUUCACCAGCAAACUCAUUGCUAUUAAAGCAGCUCUUUCUUAUUGUCUCUCUUCCCCUACUCCUAAAAACCAAAUGGAAGAAAUUGUGAUCUUUUCCGACUCAAAAUCAGCACUCGAAGCCAUACGUAACGGAGCUCCAGACGUCCCCGAAGCUUUAGAAGCUAUAAAUAUUUCACAUCAAAGUGUUCUCCUUAGCUGGAGCGCUGGGUUUGAUGGAGGACUUGCACAAUCUUUUCAGCUCAAGCUUCGUAAACACAAAGAAAUUCCUGUUUCAUUCAUCCCUAUCCCUGUUGGUUCAACGUCUUUCCUCCUUAGCGGUCUUCAGCAGGGAGCUUCCUAUGAAGUGUCAAUAGCUGCUAAAAAUACUCUUGGAGACAGUCCGUACACAACUCCUAUAAUAUUUCGAACCAAAAAUCUUGUCUUGGAGGAAAUCAACAAUGCCAGUCAAUUUUUAGGCUUCCCUGUGAUGGAUUCAACUAUCUCCAGACCUGUUUCCAGCGGUGUCUCAUCAGGGGAGUUAUUUCCAGCCUGGCUACUGGCUGGUGCUGUCAUUGGUGGUUUAGUCGUAGUGGCUAACGUACUGGUCUGUAUUAUCUAUAUCCGAAGAAAGCAUUGGUGUCGCCGACCUGAAGCAGGUGGAAUGAGUGAACAUCAUCGUUUAGGCGAAGGUAUGAGGUGGAGAAUUGUGGGUAGACUUGAGGCAGAACAGUCCCGUGCUCAGGUUGCUAGGGAAUUGGGUGUAACUCCAAGCGUUGUUUCGAAUUUGUGGAGUGGGUGUAAAAACGGUGGGACAGUGUCCAGAAGACCAGGACAAGGUUGUCUGAGAACAACAACGCCCAAUAAAGACCAAUAUUUGUUACUUACAACCAAGUGCCAAAUGACGUAUACAGUGACACAACUGUCUAGAAGCCUCGCUGCUACCAUAAGAACUUUAGUUUUAAGGAAGACGGUUGCCAGGAGGCUCGGUGAAAGAGGGUUGUAUGCCAGGAAGCCCACCUCUCCCACUCACUCACCCCCCACUAAAGAGAGCGUGUACAAUGGUGCAGACAGCACCAACACUGGAGCUCCAAUGGGCUGA